CUCCUUCUUGUCAUUUCCUGUUUAGCGGCGUGCGCUGCAUUGCCGCCAUUUUAUCAAUCGUUCGUGGCUUUUUUGGCUUUUCGUGUAUCUGCCAUCGAGUGAAAGACUGUCAUCUUAAAAAUUUAAAAUAUUGUUUCGCGAAUGUUAGUGAGUUUCUUAAAUUGGACAUCUCUAUAUUAAAAAGUUGAUAAGUUCAAGACAAAAUGGGGGAUCCCUACUCAUCAAGCGAUUACAACAGUGGAGGAUAUUCGUCCCAAUAUUCCGUUCCACCACCCGCAGCCUCUUCUGGGGACGAUAAUUAUAGCGGUGGUCAACAAGGCGGUUAUAAUCAGGGUCAGGGCAGUUAUUCUGGACAAAGUUCAGGUCAAGAUUGGAAUUCCCAAAGCUCAGGUGGAAGUAAUUAUGGCAGCAGCAGUCAAUCUGGCAAUAACUACGGUCAAAAUUAUAGUUCAAACUAUGGUAGUGGAGGUUAUGACCGAAGCAGUGGUGGCGGUGGUAACAACUACAAUGUAAGCGGAAGUGACCGCGGGGGAAGCAACUAUAGCAGCAGCGAGCGGAGCGGUGGGGGCUCCAGCUAUGGUGGGAAUGACAGGGGAGGCAGCGGUGGUUACUCUGGUGGUGACCGGGGAUAUGGAGGGGGUGACCGCUCCAGCUACAAUAGAGACGGGGGAAAUAGAGAUAGUGGAUAUGGUGGCGGCGGCAGGGGGGGUGGUUAUAAUAAAGGCGGUGGCAACGGAGGCGGUUACGGCGGCGGAGACCGGGGGGGCAGUGACAUGAUCACGCAGGAGGACACCGUGUUUAUUCAGGGCAUGAACACAUCUACUACUGAAGAUGAAUUGUGUAAGCACUUUGGUGCUAUUGGUAUUAUAAAGAUUGACAAGAAAACGCAACGACCUAAAAAGAAUGUGUGA